GGAAAAGCAAGGCGGGAUUCCGGCGAUCUCACAGUACACCUGUUAAAUCAUUGCGAGAAAAAUCUUCUGUUUACGACAGCGUGCACAGACGUUCUGAUUUAGGCCGGACCGCGCUUUAUAAGCUCCACAUCCUUCAUUCAGACCCCCAUUUGUCAUCCUUCUGGAGUGAACUGGUAGUUGCUUUCCAUUUGUCAAUAUUUGUAUUGCGUGUCACUGUCAUAUAACCUACAAAUCAAAGAAAAUAAGAUCAAAAAAGAAAAUAAUCAGUGGAUUAACCGCGUCGUGCUUCGCCUACCGGCUAACGGAAGUCCACGCUCUAGAAGCCAGUCAGUUAGGACGUUUGCAACGGUGGGAAAAUACCAAAACGAAAAGGUCUCAGUUCUCAGCGUCUGAAGACAGCGUGUGAGAAAGACUGACCACCGCGAUGGCAGCCCGGUCAGUUUGGACGUGUUUCGUUGCGGCCGCGCUCAUGGUUACAAUAGUGCAAGUCAGUGGAAAUGAGGAGUCCGAUCUUAUAGCAGAUAAGUUCACGAACUACAACAAGUUAAUUCGUCCAGCGAAGCACGCUGAAGACAAAGUGAAUGUUCAGGUUAAACUCACCCUCACCAACCUCAUCUCCCUGAAUGAGAAAGAAGAGACUCUGACCACCAGCGUGUGGAUUGAGAUGCAAUGGAACGAUUACCGCCUGGCGUGGAAUGCAUCAGACUACCAUGGCAUAGACGUGAUCCGUGUACCUUCCAGUUCUGUCUGGCUGCCAGACAUAGUCCUGGAAAACAACAUUGAUGGUAACUUUGAUGUAGCAUAUUACGCGAACGUACUCAUUUACAACGAUGGCUCCAUGUACUGGCUGCCCCCGGCUAUCUACCGCAGUGUGUGCGCCAUCGAGAUCACUUACUUCCCCUUUGACUGGCAGAACUGCACCCUAGUCUUCAGGUCUCAGACAUACAGUGCCAAUGAAAUCGACCUAGAUUUGGCGAUGGAUUAUGACAUUAACAAGCCCAUUGAGUGGGUGGUUAUUGACCCAGAAGCCUUCACUGAGAACGGGGAGUGGGCGAUCAAGCACCGGCCCGCACGAAAGCUGACCAACCCUCGCUACUCCCCUGAUGACCUGGAAUACCAGGAGAUCUACUUCAACCUCAUCAUCCAGAGAAAACCUCUCUUCUACAUCAUCAACAUCAUCCUGCCUUGUUCCCUCAUCUCCUCGCUGGUCGUACUGGCCUAUUUUCUACCCUCCAAGGCGGGAGGACAGAAAUUGACUGUAUCUAUCUCAGUCCUCCUGGCUCAAACUGUUUUCCUCAUUCUGAUCGCCCAGAAAGUUCCAGAAACCUCUCUAUCCAUUCCUCUCAUUGGCAAGUAUGUGGUCUUUGUCAUGUCCGUGACCACACUCAUCGUCACCAACUGCAUCGUCAUCCUCAACUAUUCCCUCCGCAGUUCCACUACACACACCAUGUCCUACAAAAUGAAACAUAUUUUCCUGGAGGUGGUGCCUCGUUUUCUGGGCAUGGAACCCCUGGUGGAUGACAGCGAGGAGAACGAAGAGCCGGAUGGAAAGAGGGAGAGGAGACGGAGCUCCUUCGGGCUGAUGCAGCGGGCGGAGGAGUAUGUCCUGAAGCAGCCCCGGAGCGAAAUGAUGUUUGACAAGCAGAGGGAAAGACACGGCUUGACGCGCUCCAUUGUGGAUACUAUAGAUGUUAGCAGCACUGCCAGUCUAUAUAAGAGCCUGGCCCAGGCAGCACCAGAGAUUAAAGAGUGCGUGGAUUCCUGCAACUUCAUCGCUGAGACUAUGAAGGAACAGAACGAGGGUGAAUCCGACAUGGAGAGCUGGGUGUUGAUCGGUAAGAUGAUUGACACGGUUUGUUUUUGGGUGGCCAUUUUGUUCUUCUCCAUCGGAACGAUAGCCAUCUUCCUUGUGGGCCAUUUCAACCAGGUGCCCGAGUACCCUUUCUCGGGGGAUGACAAAAAAUAUGCUCCUGAAUAAAGGAGCAGGUGUUUGCAGCUCUGACUGAACAAAGCGAGACAAAUGAAAAACACAGACAUAAAGAGGAGACAAAGAAGAGAGAGGGAUGGUGACAGACAGAAAAACAUAUAAGCAGCUAAUGUGCAGAGGAACAGUGGCUCUGUUUGCUCUGCUUCUGACUAAUAAACACAUAUACACUGGUGGGUUUUGAAUGACAAUGGUACCAUUUUACCUCAAGUUACACCUAUCAGUUUUAUUCAUUUUGGAAUGUGCCUCUCCCAAGUGGUUAUGGGUAAGCUAGUUUAUUGUCUCUCGGUUGUUUUCUUACUGUUACCUUUAUCAAUAUGAAGCCAUUUUUGAAUGGUGAGUGUUGAAGGAUGAGUGGUGUUUUCCUUUCUAAAAUUGUCUGUUGCUUCACCUAGCUUGUUGAAAUGUUUUAUUUAUAUGUGGUUCUAAUGGUACAGCCAUGUCUACUGUAGGGACUGCAUUUCUUUUAAAAGGGCGGAGCAUGUCGGAUUUACUGUAAAUGUCAAAAUAUGAGUGUCUUUACCUUGAGCAUGAAACCCUGAGCUUGUUCUGACCUUAAGUAAGGAUGCCAAAAGACCUCAUUAUACAUGUGCCAGGACUUCCAAAAACCUGGAGAAAAGAGGCAUUGUCACUAGGGUCUCAUGUUUUCUAUUAGGAACUUUUAGAAUAAUGCUAAAACAGUUUCUGUGCAAAUACAUUUUAAGGAUAAUUGGUAUCAUUUGUAAAUGUUGACUACAUGAAAUGCAGGCCUUUGUCCUUACUGAAAUGCUGAUCUCUGAAAUUGGCUAUUUUAAUCAUUUAUUUAUUGUAAUUUAUUGCAAGUGUA